UCCGAGUUCCUUCUUUCCAUUCUACUUCCUUAUUUCCCACCGCUCGCCGGAAAGUACCGCCGGCUAUCGAUUUCCCACCGUCGGUGGAGACCAUGAUGUGCUAAUUUUCCGAUCUUCAGCGUGGAAUUGAGGAGUCCCAAAGCAAUCUUGCCAUGGAGGUCCAGCGAAUUCACCAGCUGAUGCUUCUAACCCUUCGAUCCCUAAGCUCCCGUGUUGCUCUCGUGGGUGGUAACCACACCGCUGCCCGAUUCUGCACUCGCUAACGUCCUCCGCCGCCCCACCUUGCUCUUUCCCUUUCUAUUUGUCUUGGUUUUUCUCUAGUGUGUUAUUCCUAGCUCACAGGUGAACCAGUGAUACGUGCUCCGACGUAGAUCGGAAAUAUGAAGGCCUCGCCGCGCACGAUCCGACGGCCUAACGACGGCCAGGCCGCGGCUGAGCUUCCCCGCGACGAGCUUGUGAUCCCUCUUCCUGACCCUAGGCUCCUUCGCCUCAUCGCCCGGUCAGUGCUUCUCGCCGUCGCUUUCCUUUCCCUCCCCUGGCUCCGAUCUGCGCUUCUUUCCGAUCCCGCUGCCCAUGUCGCGGGCCAAGGCGGUAAUUCGGCCAACGACGAGCUUUUCUACAUGCCGAAGUUGCUGCAGGACAUGAAAGCCUACGGACUCAUGCAGCCCCAGGGUCGCACUUUGUUCCUUGGAAACCCUGGGUUCCACGCCUCCCUUCUCCGGCGCAGCGGCGUUUCCUGCCUGCCGGAACGCAAGAUUCAUCAGAUCAGCGGCGCCCAGUCGCUGGAUUUCGUCUUCCUCGUGGCCGGAGGGUUCAAUGACGCCAAUUUUCGCCUCAUCGACCGCGCAAUCAGGGUCGGCGGCGUUGCCGCGUUCCGGCUUGGAACCCAUCCUGUUAAGCCCUUCAACUUACCGGCGAAUUACAGGAUGAUUUACAUCCAGAACAUUGGUCGCACCAUCAUCGCCGUAAAAAAGCUUUACCACGACAAUGCUGGCGGUGGGAAGCUCGGGAGGCGGCUCUUAUCAGUCUCCGAAACAAAGGAAGAUGCUCUUCAAUCACUAGAGGACGCGCUUCUCGAGCCGCCGGUGGUGGAGAAGCACGGAAAAAUUAUUAGGUACUUGCCAGACCUGACUGGGGAAUCUUUGGAUAACUACCCAAGAAGGGUUUUUGUGGACAUAGGCUCGCCGGGUAGAGUCGGGUCCGAAGGAUGGUUCAGGAAGAAGUAUCCGAGGAAUCAGAAAUUUGAGAUCGUUAGGGUGGAUUUAGUUGACUGGCCGGCGGCGACUGCGGUUGGAGGCGGAGAUGUGGGGGAAUGGCUGAGAUGGAAUGUGAGAAAGGAGGAGUACGUGGUGGUGAAAGCAGAGGCGGACGCGGUGGAGGAAAUGGUAACAGGGGAGGUCCUUGAGCUCGUGGACGAGUUGUUUCUGGAAUGCAGGAACGACUGGGAGAAUGGAGAGGAGGCGGAGGACGACGAGGGGAAGUGGAGGAUGAGAGCUUAUUGGGAAUGCUUGGCACUCUUUGGUAAGCUCAGGGAGAAUGGAGUUGCAGUGCAUCAAUGGUGGGGCUAAAAAAACUUAAUAAAAAUUUUUAAAUAAAGAAAAAACUCCAUUUUUGUUCAUCAUGGAGCUUUUGUGCAGCAACGAUAAGAUGCUGUUAAUUGUUUGUGUCUGAUUAUCCAUCUUUGUUAGGUCAAAAAGAUAGUGUUGGGGAAUGCAGUGUUUAUCAUCUUUAUGUGAUAAUUAUUGUGAUUUUGUUUUGGACUGGGGGAGGUGUCAAUUCUCAUGUUGCUUUGUGCCUCUUUAAUCAUUUGAUGGA